UUUUUUUUUUUUUUUUUUUUUUUUUUUUUUUGAGACAGAGUUUCACUCUGUCGCCCAAGGCUGGAGUGCAGUGGUGUGAUCUUGGCUCACUGCAACCUCACCUCUGGGGUUCAAGUGAUUCUCCUGCGUCAGCCUCCCGAGUAGCUGGGAUUACAGGCAUCCACCACCACACCCAGCUAAUUUUUUCUUUUUAAGUAGACAGGGUUUCGCCAUGUUGGCCAGGCUGGUCUCAAACUCCUGACCUCAAGCGAUCCACCCACCUCAGCCUCCCAAAGUGCUAGGAUUACAGGCGUGAGCCACUGCGCCCAGCCAAGGUCUCAAACUCUUGAGCUCAAGUGAUCCACCUGCCUCAGCCUCCCCAAAGUGUUGAGAUUACAGGCAUGAGCCAACACACCUUGCCAGAUUCGGGUUUUUUAAUGGUUGCUUUUUAUUUAUAUAUUUUUUGAGACAGAGUUUCGCUCUUGUUGCCCAGGCUGGAGUGCAGUGGCAUGAUCUUGGCUCACCAAAACCUCAGCCUCCCGGGUUUAAGCAAUUCUUCUGCCUCAGCCUCCCAAGUAGCUGGGAUUACAGGCAUGUGCCACCACGCCUAGCUAAUUUUGUAUUUUUAGUAGAGACGGGGUUUCUCCAUGUUGACCAGACUGGUCUCGAAUUCCUGACCUCAGGUGAUCCGCCCGCCUCGGCCUCUGAAAGUGCUGAGAUUACAGGUGUGAGCCACUGCACCCGGCCUAAUGGUUGCUUUUUAAAUAGCACCCAGCUAUGAACUGGGACACAUCUCCAUUGCCUGGAAAGUUUGGGGAGCAGAGGAUGGGGCAAUGGAGAAGAGGAAAGAGGAGAUAAGACCUUGUUUGACCCCUGGGAGAGCCGCUGGACUGAAGGGAGGGCCAAGGGGGAUGAAGCAGUGGCCUUCUGUGACAGUGUCUGCAUCCCCAUUGGCUGCUUCUGCCUUUUUCCCCACCUGUGCUGGGGGGACAGAACUCUGUGGUUACAACCUUCACUUACCUUGGAGAGGCCCAGGAGUGUGUUUUAGAAUGAGGCUCUCACCUGAGUUGAGUGUUCCUGAGAGGGCCUCAGUAGUACCGUGUGGCCCAGUGUUCACCAUCAUACCAGGGGCCAGAGGCGAUGGCUUGCCUCCAUGAGACCCGAACACCCUCUCCUUCCUUUGGGGGCUUUGUGUCUACCCUAAGUGAGGCAUCCAUGCGCAAGCUGGACCCAGACACUUCUGACUGCACUCCCGAGAAGGACCUGACGCCUACCCAUGUCCUGCAGCUACAUGAGCAGGAUGCAGGGGGCCCAGGGGGAGCAGCUGGGUCACCUGAGAGUCGGGCAUCCAGAGUUCGAGCUGACGAGGUGCGACUGCAGUGCCAGAGUGGCAGUGGCUUCCUUGAGGGCCUCUUUGGCUGCCUGCGCCCUGUCUGGACCAUGAUUGGCAAAGCCUACUCCACUGAGCACAAGCAGCAGCAGGAAGACCUUUGGGAGGUCCCCUUUGAGGAAAUCCUGGACCUGCAGUGGGUGGGCUCAGGGGCCCAGGGUGCUGUCUUCCUGGGGCGCUUCCACGGGGAGGAGGUGGCUGUGAAGAAGGUGCGAGACCUCAAAGAAACCGACAUCAAGCACUUGCGAAAGCUGAAGCACCCCAACAUCAUCACUUUCAAGGGUGUGUGCACCCAGGCUCCCUGCUACUGCAUCCUCAUGGAGUUCUGCGCCCAGGGCCAGCUGUAUGAGGUACUGCGGGCUGGCCGCCCUGUCACCCCCUCCUUACUGGUUGACUGGUCCAUGGGCAUCGCUGGUGGCAUGAACUACCUGCACCUGCACAAGAUUAUCCACAGGGAUCUCAAGUCACCCAACAUGCUAAUCACCUACGACGAUGUGGUGAAGAUCUCAGAUUUUGGCACUUCCAAGGAGCUGAGUGACAAGAGCACCAAGAUGUCCUUUGCAGGGACAGUAGCCUGGAUGGCCCCUGAGGUGAUCCGCAAUGAACCUGUGUCUGAGAAGGUCGACAUCUGGUCCUUUGGCGUGGUGCUGUGGGAACUGCUGACUGGUGAGAUCCCCUACAAAGACGUAGAUUCCUCAGCCAUUAUCUGGGGUGUGGGAAGCAACAGUCUCCAUCUGCCCGUGCCCUCCAGUUGCCCAGAUGGUUUCAAGAUCCUGCUUCGCCAGUGCUGGAAUAGCAAACCGCGAAAUCGCCCAUCAUUCCGACAGAUCCUGCUGCAUCUGGACAUUGCCUCAGCUGAUGUACUCUCCACACCCCAGGAGACUUACUUUAAGUCCCAGGCAGAGUGGCGGGAAGAAGUAAAACUGCACUUUGAAAAGAUUAAGUCAGAAGGGACCUGUCUGCACCGCCUAGAAGAGGAACUGGUGAUGAGGAGGAGGGAGGAGCUCAGACACGCCCUGGACAUCAGGGAGCACUAUGAAAGGAAGCUGGAGAGAGCCAACAACCUGUAUAUGGAACUUAAUGCCCUCAUGUUGCAGCUGGAACUCAAGGAGAGGGAGCUGCUCAGGCGAGAGCAAGCUUUAGAGCGGAGGUGCCCAGGCCUGCUGAAGCCACACCCUUCCCGGGGCCUCCUGCAUGGAAACACAAUGGAGAAGCUUAUCAAGAAGAGGAAUGUGCCACAGAAGCUGUCACCCCAUAGCAAAAGGCCAGAUAUCCUCAAGACGGAGUCUUUGCUCCCUAAACUAGAUGCAGCCCUGAGUGGGGUUGGGCUUCCUGGGUGUCCUAAGGGCCCCCCCUCACCAGGACGGAGUCGCCGUGGCAAGACCCGUCACCGCAAGGCCAGCGCCAAGGGGAGCUGUGGGGACCUGCCUGGGCUUCGUACAGCUGUGCCACCCCAUGAACCUGGAGGACCAGGAAGCCCAGGGGGCCUAGGAGGGGGACCCUCAGCCUGGGAGGCCUGCCCUCCCGCCCUCCGUGGGCUUCAUCAUGACCUCCUGCUCCGCAAAAUGUCUUCAUCGUCCCCAGACCUGCUGUCAGCAGCACUAGGGUCCCGGGGCCGGGGGGCCACAGGCGGAGCUGGGGAUCCUGGCUCACCACCUCCGGCCCGGGGUGACACCCCACCAAGUGAGGGCUCAGCCCCUGGCUCCACCAGCCCAGAUUCACCUGGGGGAGCCAAAGGGGAACCACCUCCUCCAGUAGGGCCUGGUGAAGGUGUGGGGCUUCUGGUAACUGGAAGGGAAGGGACCUCAGGCCGGGGAGGAAGCCGGGCUGGGUCCCAGCACUUGACCCCAGCUGCACUGCUGUACAGGGCUGCCGUCACCCGAAGUCAGAAACGUGGCAUCUCAUCGGAAGAGGAGGAAGGAGAGGUAGACAGUGAAGUAGAGCUGACAUCAAGCCAGAGGUGGCCUCAGAGCCUGAACAUGCGCCAGUCACUAUCUACCUUCAGCUCAGAGAAUCCAUCAGAUGGGGAGGAAGGCACAGCUAGUGAACCUUCCCCCAGCGGCACACCUGAAGUUGGCAGCACCAACACUGAUGAGCGGCCAGAUGAGCGGUCUGAUGACAUGUGCUCCCAGGGCUCAGAAAUCCCACUGGACCCACCUCCUUCAGAGGUCAUCCCUGGCCCUGAACCCAGCUCCCUGCCCAUUCCACACCAGGAACUUCUCAGAGGAGAGCGGGGCCCUCCCAAUUCUGAGGACUCAGACUGUGACAGCACUGAAUUGGACAACUCCAACAGCGUUGAUGCCUUGCGGCCCCCAGCUUCCCUCCCUCCAUGAAAGCCACUCGUAUUCCUUGUACAUAGAGAAAUAUUUAUAUAAAUUAUAUAUAUAUACAUA